AUGAUGGAGCCCCUGAACGAGCACGAGCCCUGCUCGCCAUCCUCCCUCAAGCAGAAACUCCGCUCCUCCCUCUGCAUCAUUCCGUGCUUCCCCAAAACGACGCCGCACCACCACUCCAUGACCGCCCCCACCACCCCCCACGCCCACUCCUCCAACGUCAGCCUCGUCCGCAACUCCUCCUUCUCCUCCUCCAGCAGGUCCCGCUCUAGCCAUCACCACCUCCACCACCACCACCAUCACCAUCAAGGCCAUCACAACAGCCAUUACGAGUUCGCGGAAUUGAAGGACAAGUGCAAGAGCUUGAUCGGGCGUAUGGGACGGAGCCACGCGGCGCGGAGGCACUCAGCCUCCGCCGACUUUAAAUACGACGCCCUCAGCUACGCCCUCAAUUUUGAUCACGAGGAGGCGAACAUCGAGGACUAUCCCUUCAAGAGCUUCUCCGCCCGGUUGCCGCCCUCGCCGCCCAGAACCUCGCAGGACUCCGCCGCUUCUCCUUCUGCCUCUAAGGAAAUAACUGCUUGUAGUUGA